CAAAAUACAACAACUGGACCAACUUUUCUCCUUCUCCAAUUAUCUUUGUCUCUAUUUCUUCUCUGCAGAUUCUCUCCUUCUCUUCCCUUUCCCUCUAUCUUCCAGAAAUAAUAAUUAAAGCUCCUUUUCUGUUUCUUGAUCAUCAUUCUCAGUUCCCAAACAUUUGCUUUCCUCGGAAAUGAAUUCCCUUUCUUUUUCUUGGGCUGAUUCCUACUAUUCUCUUCCUUUCUUGGAAACCAAAUCCUAUUUAUUCUUUCUUUGAGUUUCUUACUUUCUCCCAUCCAAGAAGCCUGCUGUUUUUCCUUCGAGAAUUCAACUUUCUUUUUCUUUUUUCUUUUUUCUUUUCUCCUCAAGAAAAGAAAAGGAACAACAGAAAGAUACUAUAAUUUUCUAUUUUCAGCUACAAAAGUUUACGUUUCUAAAGAAAUUCCAGUUUCCAUUGUCUUUUAACAGAAACAAGAACCUGCCUUUUCCUUAUUCAUCACAAGAAUUGCAUUUCUGCAGGACUAUAAAAAUAAUGGAAAUCAAGAAAUUGACGCGACUCCAAUUUUCAGCUUGUUGGUAAUCAUGGCAACAACUGAAUGAACAGUUUAGCUAGAUAGCUAAUUUUCAGUUUUCUAAAUGGGUAGAAACUGUUUUCUUUCUUUUCAAUUCCUUUCAUUUCUUUCCUUCGUUUACUUCUCAAUUUUCUUGCCUACUUUUGGUUUGAACAUUGAGACUCGGGCCUUGCUUCAAUUGAAAAAACAGCUUAAAGACCCUUUAAAUGUUCUGGAAUCUUGGAAAGAAUCGGAUUCUCCAUGCAAUUUUUCUGGAAUCAAUUGUGAUCCCAUAACAGGGAAAGUGACUACGAUUGCACUUGACAACAAAUCUCUUUCUGGUGAGAUUUCAAAUUCCAUUUCUGAACUUAAAAGCCUCACUACCCUUUCAUUGUCUAGUAAUUAUCUAUCUGGAAAGCUUCCUCAGGAGAUUGUUAAUUGCAGCAAUCUUAGAUUAUUAAACCUGUCAGUAAACCACAUGGUUGGAGUUUUACCUGAUCUGUCUUCUUUAAAAAAGUUCGAGAUUCUUGAUUUGGCAUUGAAUUACUUCUCCGGCAGAUUUCCUACUUGGGUAGGAAAUCUAACAGGACUUACCAUUCUUUCUAUAGGGCAAAAUGAAUACGAUGAGUGUCAAAUUCCUGAAAGUAUUGGAAAUUUGAAGAAUUUGACUUUGUUGUUUCUAGCAGACUGUCAUUUAAGUGGAGAAAUUCCAGAAUCCAUUUCCCAACUCACAAAUCUUGAAACCUUUGAUAUGUCAAGAAACAAGAUUUCAGGGGAAUUCCCAAAAUCAAUUUCCAAGUUGCAAAAACUUUCCAAGAUUGAGUUCUUUCACAACAACUUGACUGGGGAGAUUCCACAAGAGCUUGCAAACCUUACUCUUUUGCGUGAAUUUGAUGUAUCUUCGAAUCAAAUGUAUGGAAAAAUUCCUGAAGGAAUUGGUAAUUUGAAGAACUUGGUUGUUUUCCAGUUAUACGACAACUUCUUCCAUGGAGAACUACCGGCUGGUUUUGGAGAUAUGAAGAAUCUUGAUGGGUUUUCAAUUUAUGGAAACAAAUUUUCAGGGGAAUUUCCAGCGAAUUUUGGCCGGUUCUCACCACUAAAGAGUUUCGACAUAUCUGAGAAUCAAUUUUCAGGUUCUUUCCCCAAGUAUUUGUGUGAAGGGAGAAAGUUACAGUACUUAUUGGCUUUAGGAAACAAUUUUUCUGGUGAGUUUCCUGAUUCUUACGCAGAAUGUAAAUCUUUAGAAAGGUUCAGAAUCAAUAAGAACAAAAUGACAGGGCAAUUUCCAGAUGAGUUCUGGGCGUUGCCACUUGUCACUAUACUUGAUUGCAGUGACAAUGAUUUUACUGGUCAUAUUUCCCCCAAGAUUGGAUUAUCUACCAGUUUAACUCAGUUGAUUUUGCGUAACAAUAGGUUUUCUGGUAAGCUUCCAUCAGAAUUAGGCAAGUUGAUGAAUCUGCAGAAGCUUUACUUGAAUAAUAAUGGCUUCUCUGGUGAAAUACCUUCUGAUAUUGGGGCUUUGAAGCAGUUGACAUCUUUGCAUUUGGAGGAAAAUUCAUUUACAGGACCUAUACCAUCAAAACUAAGUCACUGUACUAGAUUGGUGGAUUUAGAUCUUGCUUCAAAUUCUCUAAAUGGACCUAUCCCGCAAGAUAUUUCAUCGAUGAGUUCUUUAAACACGCUCAAUCUUUCGCAGAACAAACUUACUGGUUUGAUUCCGGAGGAUAUAGGGAAACUAAUGCUAAGUUCCAUUGAUUUGACCGCUAACCAAUUAUCCGGAAGAAUUCCUUCAGUUCUUUUGAAUAUGGGUGGUGAUAAAGCAUUUAUGGGGAAUAAUGAGCUUUGCAUUGAUGAAAAUUCCAAAACUGUUAUGAAUUCUGAGUUGAAUGUUUGUGCGAAAAAGAACAGUCAAGAAAGAACACUAGGUGAUAAGUCGGUUUUAUUGUCUACCAUCAUAUCUGCAUUGGUUAUUGUUUUAGCUGGUUUACUACUUGUUAGUUACAGGAACUUCAAGAAUGCAGAAAUGGAUUUGGAAGGACAAAAAGAUCCGAAAUGGAAACUCGCAUCGUUCGAUAAGCUGGAUAUUGAUGCAGAUGAAAUAUGUAAAUUGAAAGAGGAAAACUUGAUUGGAAGUGGAGGAACAGGAAAAGUUUAUCGGUUGGAUUUGAAGAGACUUGGUUGCACAGUAGCAGUAAAGCAACUAUGGAAAGGUGAUGGUCUUAAGCUUUUAGCAGCAGAAAUGGAGAUAUUAGGGAAAAUUAGGCAUAGGCAUAUACUUAAACUAUAUGCAAGUUUACUUAAAGGAGGAUCAAGCUUUUUGGUGUUUGAGUACAUGGCAAACGGUAAUCUAUCAGAAGCACUUCAUCGAAGGACUAAAGACGAAAAGCCUGAGCUCGAUUGGCGUCAAAGGUAUAAAAUUGCUUUAGGUGCUGCUAAAGGAAUUGCAUAUCUGCAUCAUGAUUGUUGUCCACCAAUUAUCCAUAGAGAUAUAAAAUCAAGUAACAUUUUACUUGAUGAAGAUUAUGAGCCUAAAAUUGCUGAUUUUGGAGUUGCAAAGCUUGCAAAAAUGUCUUCUUCCAAGAGUUGUGAUAGUAGCUGUCUUGCUGGCACUCAUGGAUAUAUUGCCCCUGAAAUGGCAUAUACUCUAAAAGUGACGGAAAAGAAUGAUGUAUAUAGUCUCGGUGUUGUGCUACUAGAAUUAGUGACUGGUAGAAGAGCUAUUGAAGACGCAUAUGGAGAAGGGAAAGACAUUGUCUACUGGGUUUGGACACAUCUAAAUAAUCGCAAAAAUGUACUCAAAGUUCUUGAUGAAAAGAUUUCUUCUGAAUCUGUUCAAGAAGACAUGAUUAAAGUCUUGAAAAUUGCAAUUCUCUGCACAACAAAGCUUCCGAAUCUGCGACCGACAAUGAGAGAAGUAGUGAAGAUGCUUGUUGAUGCUGAUCCUUGCAGUUUCAGGUCUCCAGACAACAAUUUGGACAAAAAUGAUAAGCUUUUUCUUUGAUGUUUUCUUUAUUGCUAGUUAGUAAUAGUCCAUCUUUCAAGAUCCAUUCUUAAAUAACUCUAAGUUUAUAUGUAUUUGUAUUUAUAUUUGUAUGAUCAAGUGCUUAAUUAGAGGAGUGAAAUUGUGAAUAUAUGUUUUGGUUUGGAAAAAUAAAUAAAAAUCUUAGCUUUGGUUUGCUCCAAUA